UGCUGUAGUACUCAGUCUGUCCCGCUGAGCUGUCAACCCAGCAGCCUCCGCUCAGCCUGUCUGUCGCGACAACAUUUUUCUAUUAAACUUAGCCCGUCUUUGUCUUCAACGACGUUUUCCUUCAGAUAACAGCCGCUCUCUUCUCACUAUGACUCGAAGGUGAUCUUCAGAGUGUCCAGGUGGUUCUGGGUGAGUGUGUUACGCUCAGUAUGUUUGCGGGUUUCGCCUUCAUCGCUGUCAUCAUCACCCAUGUGUCAGUCGCUAACGUUUCCUAGCGGGGGCUAAGCUAGUGUUAGCUGGGUAGCUGGCAGGUGUGCGGAAAGUCGAGUCGUGUCUGCCCAUUGACACUCCAUUGUGGUCCAAGUGUGUCUGAAACCGAAAGCAGCGUCGCCGGUGGGAAACACAUGGACGUUGUUGCUAGGCUAUGCGCUAAGGAGCCAUUAAACAAUGAAGCUUUGCUAACGUUAGCCUGCUAGCCAACAUUAAGAGGUAUCUGCUCGUCCUCUCGGUGAGGCAUCUACCUACCUGCUCACAGCUGUGAUGAAAGGCCAUUAACUAAGCAUGUAUCUGUGGUGAACAUCGUCAAGGUUUUAGGACACAGUCUUAACUAGUGAUAACGUCUGCGACGGAACGGUGUCAACCAACACUCACCUGCCACAACAAUGUGAACACCUGGGCAAUCCAACACUACUCAGAAGAAGACAGGUGAUCAUUGUACCUUGUCGGUGUUGGUGGUGUGUUAGAGUGUGUUAUAUUUAAAGGUGUUUAUUGGAUUUUGUCCACUUUGUUUAACACUGGGGGAGCUAAAUAACAGGAAUGCUGUCCUAUAUUAUGCACUCAUCUGUACAGCUGAAACACCAAAAUCACCUGUCUGAGUGUCAACAAAAACUGACAUUGUAGAAGCUUUGCAAAAGUUGAACUUGUGGUAGAGCUUUGUAUUCAGUUGCAUUGAGUUGACGAGAAACUGCUUCUUUCAACUGAGGAAAAUCUCCAAGUUUAGGAAAAUGGUGUCGCAAAAUGACUUGGAACUCAUCAUUCAUGCCUUUAGACAUCUGUAAUAGUUUGUUGUCAUGUCUGAACAAAAAGGAGCUGUCUCGUCUUUAGUUAGUGUAAAACUCUGCAGUGAGAAUUCUAACCUGCGCUUACAGGAGGACUCACAUGUCCCCUAUUCUUAAAGCUCAACACCGGCUGCCUGUGUCCGGUCCUAACAUUUAGAACCUUGCAUGGUCAGGCUCCAUCUUACAUUUGUGAUCUGAUCCAGCCUUACACCCUCUCUCGGGCUCUGUCCGAUCCUUCCAGGCUGUUGCUCCCAGGCUUUGGAAUGAUCUUGCUCUCUCAAUGUGCUUAUUUGACUCCGUUGACUCCUUCAAAAGCCAACUCAAAACUUAUUUAUUUGCUCAGGCUUUAGUGUAAUUGUUAUGGUGCUGCUAUGACUGUUUAAUGUUGUUGUCUUUGCCUUUUAAUUUGUAUGUACAUUUUAUUUUUGUCUAUGUAAAGCACUUUGUGACUUUUUUGUCUGUGAAAAGUGCUAUACAAAUAAAGUUUACUUACUAACUUACUAUUAAUACAACAAUUUAGAUCCGUAGGGCAGCUAGAGCAUUCAUAAGAUGCACUAUGUAACUGGCUUGUUGUUAGUUUUGUGUUGGGUGGGGGCUAACAGUUUGUAGAUGAUUUUCAUUCCUAUGGGAAGUGAUUAUACUGGAAUAUUCCAAGAUUCUAAAGGUCCGUACACAUCGGGAACAACGCAAGUAUAUGAUGCGAAAUUACGAAACAUUCAGAGGCGAAUUUUGAUGCGCUUCACUGUACAGAUCAAGCGCGAUGCGAUUUUGCGACUUUCCGGGGGGAAAAAAGACGUGUGCGGUGGAAGCGAGAACACUGACACAACAGCAGACUGACUGUUUUUCAGUUCUGAUUAGACACUAGUGUUGAGAUGGCUGUCUGUCAUGAUAGCAUGUACUGAGUCGGAGCCAGUACCAGAUAAGCACAUUAAAGACCUAAUGGUGCAGUCUGAGACAGCAACGCGAUUGAGUUUGAGACAGUGAAAAUACAUAUGGUAUGUUGUAUCUGAACAGGUUAGCUUACGAGCUAAAGUUACUUAGUGCAGAUGAAAGUUAAAACAAAGAUGUUUAGCAAACUGUUAAAGCACACAAACCAUCAUCAUAUAAGAAAUCCUUCAGGUCGUUAUCUUUGUAAUGUUUGUGUUUUUUAUCAAAAAGCACUCUGUUCCCCGACACGUAAACAAUCAGUCAGUCAGCCAUGUUGAAUAUACCGGUGAAUCUGAUGUCGCAACAACACACAGUCUGAUUGGUCAGAAGUAUGCGAAACUUUAGAAAAAUCAACAGUGAUACGAAAAAUUAAAUGCCGCAAUAUUGUAGAAUGGGAAAACGUUGCUGAUGUGAACGCUUGUGUUGACAGGAUACGGGUUCGGGAAAAAAAAAAAUGGACGUCCGAAAUAAUCGCACGUAAAAAAAUGCUCCCGGUGUGAAAGGACCUUAAGUCAGCACUGUGCACCUCCUCUCUAGUAGCCUAGCUGGGCUCAUCCUUCCUCAACACCUGUCACCCUGGUGUCCACCAACAGUGGAGGAUUUAAUGUACACAGUUGCCUAAAAAGUAUGUUCCAACUUCUGCGCAUGAUAACAUUUAAUUCAUACUUUAAGUGCUGUUUUUUGGCAAUCUAUUAUCCCAACAUAUACAUUUUUAAGAGGCAAUACAAAAAAACAGACUGGUGUAUUACCAGAUAGCUUAAGGUUUCUGAUCCAAAACUGGAAGAGAACAAUGUGGAGAAACCAUGCCAAAUGAAGCUCAAUAGUAAGAGAUUGGAAAGUUUUUGAAUCAUCAGAGUCGUAGCGUGUCCGUCAGUGAUGAUGACGCUGAAAUAUUUUGAACUGUAAUGCAUUGCUAAACAAUUAAGUCACACUCCCGCAUCUGAAGCAGUACAAGUUAAUUUUCUGUGCUGCAAGGGCAUAAAUUCAAGAAGACAUAUUUCCAAAGAUCCCAGAAGUGCCACUGCUUUCCUCCCAUGUAUUGAAUAUCCUGACCCUGCAAACCCCUGAGGGUCAAUCCUUUCUUUCAUCAUAUUGAUCUUGAUUAAUCAAAAGUAAAACCAGUGUGUGAUAUAGAUUAUUGAAAUAACAUUAAUACAAUCUAACUCAUUAAAUUUCCCUUCAGGGAUCAAUAAAGUUCUUCUUCAUUUCCGUUGUCACCAUGGAAAUUGUCUUGUUAUUAAUUUGUUGUCAAAACACAUAAACAGCUCAAACUUGUGCUCGUUUUGUGUAGAGCUGAAUCUUGGCAUGCUAACAUGUCUUGUUUUGUGCAUCUACACUCUAAUACUUUUAACGUGAAGUUGCAGAGCUCUCUUCCCACAAGUCCUGACUCCAAGGAUCAGGACUGGGUCUGGACAACAACUUUCCCACUACGCUUUAUUGUCUUUAUUUCAGAUUCUCCCACAAGCCUUUUAGCUAAUAGUGGAGGAGAUGUCAUGUGAGUUAUUUGUGGAGUUCUCUUUGAUAGUACACCCUGAAGCUGUUACCCUGGUGAGACACCAGGCUAACAGCUGUUGCAUGCAUUCUGUCUCUGAUCUGACCCCUCUCUGUGGCUCCUUCCUGUCGCUCCUCCAGAGGUGCUUCAGGUCCUGCUCUAAAGGUGUUAUCAUUUGUCCCACUUAGAUGCUCUUUAAAGGUCUUUCUCACUUUAUAUGUACUUUGCAGUUAUCUUGAAAAUCUUUUGUAAUAUGACUUUGUCUUAAUGGUGUAGACUUGGGCAGUUUAUUUACUGAUGCUUUGAGACUUUACAGACACAGGCAUGUAAAAUCUCUUUGCAUAUCUUACUGACACACAGGUGAAGUCUAUGCAACUACAGAGCAUUGAAAUUGAUUUCAGUGCUUCAGAGCAAUGUGAAUGAAUGUUUGUGUGACUUGAGCGCUUUAAUUCUUCUGUUUCGAUUUUAAUAAGAUAGGCUUGCAUAUUUCCACUUCUAUUGUGAGACUUGUCUUGCCUGUGGCUGCACAAUGUCAGCCUCCAUAUCAUUAAUUGAGGCUGCUGGCUGUUCAUUUGUUUGUGCUGCAGCAUGGCGGGCGUAUUUGCACAGUUGAAGGUUCUAGCAAACAAAGCUUCAGAAAAGGGAUCAGGGGUCAUGGGCAAUCGGAUCAAUUUCAACAUUUCCUAUUUGAAUUAAAGUUUAUUUAUUUAGAGCAGAAAGUACCGUCCAGUUUAGGAUAAAUUCAGUCCAUGGUCUGUUCCUCCUUCUGUGUAUACAUUAACAAGAGAGUAGACUGGUUGGCACAUGUGUUUUCUUUGCUUCCAAAGUGGCUUAGCAGAUAAUCAGUUAGUGUGGCUUUAAUGAGAAUGUGACCUUUGAGUUUAGAGAAAUGAUAUCCAUACCCUCAGGGUGUUUCUGUCAUCCCAAGCGUCCACAAGUUAAACUCUCUACUCACACAGAAAAGAAAAACUAUGCAGCCAUUACUGUAUUUAUUUAGCUCUCUUUUAUCAAAUGUAUUGAUACGGCUGACAAAUUUCUUAUGUUUAGUUUGUGUUGGUCCUCUUAAGUCUGUGUUGCAUAUCAGUGGCCAAGCUCUUGGGCCAGAUGGAUUUGGUUUUUGUUGCCAAAUGGUCCCUGGCUGGAUUUUGUUGACUAAUCAUUGCAGCGCUACUUACUGUGAAAGGCUCCUUCUUCUGUUUGAAUUAAGCCCUCUAAUAGGAGAUUAGCAGUAGAUGCCUAUACCAAUAUCGAAGGAGCAGGUUGGCUGAUGACUGACGUAUAACGCAAGUAUUAUAUUAGUUUUUCUCUUCGACAAAAUACAUCAACCUAAUAAUAAAAACAAAUGAGACUUAAACCUGCUUAACUUAAUGAUUUUGUUAAAUAAUGUUAAAUGAAAAUAUUUGGCUCAGUAAAAUACUGCCAAACACAACUUUUGGAUUUCUUUCCAGCCAUCUCCAAUGAAAAAAAAAAAAAAAGAAAGAAAUUUACAGUUUACGGUAAAUAGAUAUAUAUAUAUAUAUUUUUUUUUUAAAAAGGAAUUUGUGUAUAAAUCUUAAAUUUUUUGCACAUUAAUAUCAAAUAUACAUGGUUAUAUAAAGAAUUGAUGAAAAGAACUGAUCUAAUUGAAUAUUUUUCGGCCUUCAGUGCCUGGCUGUUAUUUCUGUCAAACGCCACACUAAACUGCACUAUUCUGUACAUCAAAACAGAAUUUUUAUUUAACACAAGCUGUUGACUGUUUUAGAUUUGAACUGCUGUCACUUGGGAUGGAAAAAAAUGUUGUAAUUUGGAAAAGAUCAUGAUGUGGAUAUGAAGAUAAAUAUUUCAAAAUGCCAUUAAUCAAGCAGAUUAAAUAAUCUGUAUAUCUCUAAUCAGGACUAUUUUAAGAUGUUGCAUUUAUCUAUGUAGUUUGCAUUGUAACUUUGUUGAAUGGCCGCAUACUUUUGUAACUGAACUGAGUAAGGUCUGCCCUGAGACCUAACCUCUUACCAGCUGCUUUGGGGGGAGUGUAACACUUGGUGAAAGUGCAGGGACUUUGGAGUGGUUUCUUCACAGCCAUUUUUGAUUGGUUGGGUAACCAGUUUCAAAAGACUCUUUCACAUAUCUACCGACUUAUUUGCCUAAUCUUCACUGGCCUUUAGACUCUGUUUGAAACAUGGACGGCCUUGGGAACCCAUUAACUUCUUCAACAGAAUUUCAUGGGUUUAAAAGUCCUGGGUAUUUUUGGUGGAAAUGCAGUUUCACACAUCUAUUACCAUCUUGAUUCCUGGAACUGGGCACAUUGAACUUGCCCUUUUGUACCUUUGAACAGUCUCACUUACGGUGCGGGAGCUUUAGGUCUUGUCCAAACUCAAGAUUCUGAAUCAGUUUAGUUUCAGUUUAAGAAGUAAAGUGCCAUUUUUCCACAAGCCUUUGAGCCAAUGCCUCAAAACUUUUCACAGAUAGGCUUCAACACAGCAGCCUGUGAUGGAAGACCUGCCAGUGUUGAUUCAGAGUGCAGAUGAGAAAUAUCCUGACAUGGUAAAAGUGCUUUCAGCAGCCCGGCACUGUUUGCCAUGAGAGCCCCAAAGCAGUGUGACAGAGAAACAGAACUUUCAAGUGCCGGUCUAGUGGUUUACCUCCAACAAGACCAAGACAAACCAGCGGUCCACAUCAGUAGGAGUGAGAAGAAAUAGAAACAACUGUGAAAUUUAACAGAGUAGUACAAACUGAGAAUAAAGAUGGUUAUAUCAGACAAAAAUAUGAGAUGUUGCUGAAGGACCAAGUUUGCUGAUAAUCCAAAUAUGUUACAAAUUAGAUUAGAUUGAGGGUUUCUGAAGAGAGAAAACAGCAAGUUGAAGAUCAGUGUCUCCUAUCUUCUUGGUUAUGCUUCCUACCAUCACACGCUCACUUUUUCAGCAAACCUUGGCUAGCAAGCCAGAUAAAAUUUUACCUGUGCAACAUUUAUGAAUUUAAUGAUAGCAAUGAGACACAGACAUUUGCAGAUCCAGUUAGUCAACAGCUCCGGCCUUGCCUACAGUUUAGCAAGAGAUGCCAGCAAAUACCUCCUUCCAGGUACAGAGUUAAAACAAUAACAGUCUAGCAGCAAACAAUAUCAUUUUGUGUUCAACUGUUAUGACAGGAUGGGAAAAGCUCUGAUGCCAGAAUUUUUCAACUUCUAUGUACUUGACUUGAUAAAGACUUAGAUCAUUAAGGAGUCCCAGUAAUGGUUUUAAUAUCAAUAGAAGUUAAUGAUUCUACACCACAGUAUAUGUAAAGUCUAAUCUACCUGGCAUUUCAGUCGUUAUGUUGUUCCACAACAGUGAUUUACAGCCUAGAAACUUUGUGAGAUGCUGUGAAGCUGUAAAGGUAGGGACUGUCAGAUUGAAUUUUCUGUGGAUUUAUCACAGUCUGAUGCAUCAGAAAGUUUCUCAGAAACACACAUUUCCAUUUUUAGUGUUAAAGACUUCUAUUCAAUUUCUGCACGUUAUGCACUCCUACGAUUCACAAGUCACUAUCAGCCUGAAUAAACUCCAUGACUGAGAGCAUCAGAAGUCUGUGCUGAUUAAAACAAAGUUAAUUGUCUCAGGAGGGUUUUAUUCUGACAUGGAGUGAUAAGAAUUCUUUUUAUUCAACAAACCUUUCUCUUAUUUGCAAGACUAGUACAUUUGAGCUUAUGGAGGUCUUACAUCUUGCUUUGUCCCAGAAUUAUUCUUUUUAUUUUCUCCUUCUGAAAUAAAUUAGAAAAACUGAAUAAACUUUCGCUGUCAGAAUCAUAAACUGCCAACCAGCUCGAUGAUUUAAAGGUGUUGUGAUCUCUUGUACAGUGGCUGUUUCUCAUACACUGUCAAGUAUUGCAACUGUUAAUCCACGAGCACGUGGUCUGACUUAAAACUCCGCUGCAUUUUUGAUCUGAGGGAUUUUUUUCACAGCCCCUUUCCCUCCAUUUUCUUUCUCCCAAGCUUUUCACAGGUUUGAGGCUAACAAACAGACUCAGCCAUACCUUGCUGACCUCUUUUUGUUCCCCCUCCUCCCUGAUGUCAUCCAUGUUAACACCCCUUCCCCUCUGGGAUGAUCAUAGCAGGCUGCGAUGUUCAACAGGUCCUCACACUGUGGUCUGAUCUUAAGUUUGCAUAAGUCAUCCUAAAACAACCUUUGGUCAGUGAUUGGCUUUAGAGGCUGAUGCUAUGGAUUAAGGGUGUGGAUGUUUGCUCCUCUGAAAGGUGAGUUUACAAGGUGAUUGAGAUUUUUUUUUUAGUUAAAAUUGAAUUGAGAGUUUUUAGAGCUAAAAAUUGUUUGUGCUAGUCAUGUUAGUUUUUUGCCUGAUAACUCUAAAUGUCAUGAAAUGUAAAAUAUCGCUCUGUUUUUUGUUUUGGAUAACUUAAGAAAGAAUUGUCACGAUUAUUAUUAUUAUCGUAUUUGCAGCGGUGGGCUGUCCAGACAUCAGGGGAAGGGCAGGUGAUCGUAGAUUUUGGUAUGGCCAGUAUUCGAAGUGAUAAACAGACUGAUUGGCCCAUGAUGGGGAACAAAGGCUUGCCAUAAUGCCCCCUGAGUAGGAGGGGAAGUGAUAAAGAAAGCCCAUUGAGUGCAGAGUAUGAUGGCAACAAAACACUUUUUCCUCCGAAUGCUUCCAUGAAUUAUAGACCUCUGUCAUUAGGUCAUGGCUCAUUGUUCACUUUUUCCCUUUUGACCGUAUGUUGAAGAGCAGGACAGAAAGGGAAAAGAGAAUAUGUCUGGUUGGUCUUAGAAACCCUGGAGUUUGGCUCGGGUUCAGAUGUUGUAUUAGAAAAUAUGUAAGCGUCUGGGCAGCUGUAAGAGGCCCUGCCUCUUUUCGAAGUUACUUUUCGUUUGCACUGAUGAUACACUCAAUUCUUUUUCUUAAUGCACAUACUCAGGACUUGAACCCUUGAUAUCAAACUAAAAUAUUCGAUGUUGCUGAAGGUCCAAGUUUACUGUCAACCAAAAUGUUACAAUGUAAAAUUUGACAGAGAAACAAUGUUAAUGUGUCAGGACUCGAAGCAGAUUGUCAGAAUUUGCAGCUGCUGAAAAACACAGGCAGGUUUAGUGAAUUGAUGUUGACAAAUGUUUGUUCACAAAUGUCAUCAGCCUCGAUAUUUGGCUCCAGAACUACAAGUCGCAGUAAAAAAUUAAAAUCAAUUGUAUCCGUGUAUGCGUGAAAUGUCAGUCAUACCUAAGUUCUCAUACAGCCACCAGCUGGAAUAUAACUACAGGUUGAUGUCUGCUGCUACACUAAAAAGCAGUGUUAACUAGAUGUAAACAAGCAGAGAUGACAGAGGCUGGUAGUCUCAGGGUUGUAUGUCAGGUCAGUGAAACAUGCAUAUAACAGCCCGCAGCCUCAGGUCCUCUGGUGGGGUCCCUCUUGGUUUCCCAAAGUCAGAACUAACAACAAAAGGAGAUCCUGCUUUUUCAAAGUCAGGGUCCUUCGAAAUUUGGAAGAGAUGAGACUCACAGAAUCAGUUGGAUCUCUUAAAUCUCUUCUCAAAACCUGCUUUUGCUGACAUGCCUUGCGUAAUGUCAUCUUUUUACUGCCAUUUUAUCCCUCUUUCCUUUUUUUCUUCAUAUUUCAGGCUUUUAUUUAUUUUACUUUUUUUAUUUUGCUUUGUAAUACACUUGCAGACAAUUGAAAUGACAGAGAACAACAUGGCUCUAGGCUGGGCUUAAAGAUUAUAAACAUCAGCUAUGUCCUGCUGAUUCCUUGAAGUCCCUCUCGUUCUCUGCUCUUUAUAAAAAGAUGGGUUUCUCCUUUCAUUAUCAUGUUCAAAACACAAGGCAUGACUCUGCUCUUAUUGUUGUUUUUGUUAUUUAUUGCCAAAAAGGUUGGGACCGUCAGUAUUAUGUCAUGGGCUUUGAAAAGGCACAGGAGUUCUGAGCCUCAUGAGUGAAUGAGUCAGUAGGAGUCACCUGACCGCUCCCUUUAUUUCUCUAUUGAGUCAUGAUUCUUUGCUCACAGCAUUGCUUAUCACGUUGACCCCUACAGGACCCAGAUUCUUAAGUAACUGUGGGAAGAAAUUACUGUAAGUGAAGCGCGAAAACGAUCAGUGUCAACACAGGGCGGGAUUAGUUACAACAGAAGUUCCCAGAAACUGGUGGGAGCGGUAUGAUCAGAAUUCAAGAUGAUGGGAAACAUUUCACUGACUUUAUUUAGGAUGGUCUAGUUUAUAAAAAUAUCUUAAUUUGAGUGUCAUAUCAUCUUGAGAGACAGUUCAAAAACCUGACUUCUUUACUUCAAACUGAACUUCAGUUAUUUCUUAACCGUAUGGUUUAAAAAAAGCAAAAGCACUAACUUGAAAUUAGCAAAGCAGGUCACAAAAUGAGAAGUGUCUGAAGUGUUCACUUGUCAGAAAGUUUUCCCAGAGAGCCAGAUUAUCCACAGAGGUCCCUGCUGCUCCAAAUUAGUAUGACCUGGAUAUAAAAUCAGUAGAAAACACAGUUAUUUCCUGGUUCUCUCUGUUGCGUAGGACCUCAGGUGGUGCUAAAAAUUGAGCUAGCUGACGUUACCUUAUUUCUAAGUGUUUGUUUGUUUUCUGGGUUUGGGUUUUUCCAGUGUUCCUCGUCCUGAAAGGUUUCAUCAUGAGCUUCAUUAUUUGCUGCCUACAUAAGACUCACAAUGACUGAAAUAAAAGUUUUAACAUGCAUGAAUAAAUAGACUGAAGUGUUUAAAAUCCUGGGACUGCUGCAGCCCGUGUCUGAAAACAUGCAGGAAGAAUAUCUGCCCUCUAAAAAUACCCACCAGUGAACUCCUUUAGUCUUUGUCUCUCCUCUACCAGACAGAUUUGAUGCAUAAACCAAACACAUUAAGCGUUGUUGUUUUGGUUCAGAUUAAUUGUUGCUUUUGUUUUUAAUCGCUAAGACUCUUCUUGGGUAACCCUCGAACAGUCAAUUCCUUGGGGAGACUUGAAGCUUAUGAAAGCUUUGUUUGUAACCUGCAUUGUUAUGUGUGUGCCUUUUCCCUGCAGGGUUCCAGGUUGGUGUGGAGAGAGAGCAAGCUUAUUGCAGGGAGGAGGACCGCCUGGGGCAUCUUGUCCCUGGCACGCAAGGUACGAGCACACCAAUCGACCAGAAACUUUUCCGGGACCAAAUCUGCUGAUAAACAUAAUCCUGUUUACAUGAAAUAUCCAUAGAUUUUUCAACAGCUUCCCUUCCCUGCUCUUGCACACCUAAAUAAAGCAUCACUUCACUCGUCUCCAGCCUGAGUUAACAAGUAACAUCUUACUCAAGCAGUGCACAGGUUUAUCUGUAGCUUUACUGCCUCCAACUUUAAAAUUUUGAAUCCUGAAAUCAUGAAUCCAGUGUGAGUUUUCUGGGGUUACAAAUCAGACUGCAUCUGAUCAGUAAAUCAAACGUCAGUCUGUGAAAAGAAGGUGUUGACUGAACUAUCACUGGCCAGCUUGUUAGACAUACUGCGGUGAUAAACAGUAAGCAGAGGAGGAUGGUAGCAAGCCUGCACAUGUGAUGUGGUCUUGCUAUUUAUUGUAAGAGCUUUUAAUUAUCUUUCUUUUCCUGUUUAAGUAAGGAGAAGUAAGACAACCUGAAAGAAAAAUUGUAUGUGUGUGCUAUCACAUGUGUAUUUUAUCAUUAUAUACGUAUAUUAAUCAUAAUUUAUUGAAAAUCACUUGGUGUGAACGCUUGCAGGAUUUUAUCUGUUUCUUUUUAAUGAGCAUGAUAAAGGAGAAGUAUGGCCUUGGAGUUGGGACUGAUACUUUUCCACUGAAGCCAUGCAACUAGAUGAAUGCUAGAAUUUCACUCACAGGUUGUUUUCCCAACAAUGUGGGAUUGAACCAUAGACUGUAUAUACUAUGGACAACUUGGUUCCACCUUCCAUCAGUAUACAGAUUUGAAGCCAAAAAGCUCUCGGUAAUUUUGCAUUUUUUUCUCCAUUUCCUGAAACCACCAUUGUGCUGUAGCGUUGUACGCAUUUGGCAGAAGAGUCACUGUAAUGACGCUCGGCUCAAACAGCAUAUCCCCAGGGUGAGCUACGCAAGCCUUGUACGCCUAUAGGCUGUAUCAAUUGUCAAUCAUAGAAAACUUGAACCCUCUAAUAACUUUUAAAAAUGGAGCCUCACAGAAAAAAAAGGAUUUGAGCACAAAACAGUCUAACAAUAACUACAUGUCAACAUCGCAAGCAGGGGAAAUAAAAUGUUUGUUCUGUGUAAUAAAUUUCUAAAGUUUGUCCACAGUUCCGUAAGCUUUGCUGGCGGAGGGGGGAUUUAUGACCGAUACUGCAGCCCGUCACCAGAGGGUGCUGUUUUCGGAGUGAUUUCACCCAUCAAGGAAGCAGAUGCUGUCCAUUCUAUAUACAGUUUAUGGAUUGAACUGAUAAGAAGAAACCUGAUGAUGAACUAAGCUGUCUUUGUCUUCCCAGUACAGACUACAGCUGCAAGCUGCAACCUGUACCCUAUUUGGAUACUGUUGUAAUGUCAUGCCAUUGUGAGAUGAUAUGUUAGUGGGCAGGGGUCUGUUUCUUGACUGCAUAAAGGAUGUGUAAAAAUCUGAAUUCCUCAGUCAGAGGAAGCUGCCUUUGUUGUAAGCUGCUGACUCCUUGCAAGUAAAAGAUAUUGAAGAAAAAGAAGACCACAUUCUCUGUCGUUCUUCUCAGCCGGCUGCAAGUCAGAUGCAGUUUUAUUUUUCUGACACAACCUCAUUAGUUAUUAAGUAACAGUAGUUAGUUUGGGAUGUGGAAACAAAACAGCCAAUGGAUCCCAAUAUUCUUGUUGUCUGUUCAGAAUGGCCAGGGGUUUGUAAAAGUGGUGGAGUGUGUUUUGGUCAAUUGUUGUUGAUGACUUCUUUAAACUCCAGGGUUUGUGUAUGUUCUGCUUUUGCUUUUGAGUGUCUUCUGGGUUCUUAACUAUCACUUUGCACACUUCCCUUAUAGGUGACAACGUGUUAAGUUCCUUUAUACCCAAGAGAUUGCACUAUUCUAAGUGCAAAAGCUUGCCUUGGAUUAAAAUGGGACUGGGGGGAUUUUUUCUUGCAGCUCUGUUGACAUAAAUAACCAACGCUAAGAGCAAGUUUUCUACCAGAUCAGAAUCCAAAUCAUAGCCCCUGCACAUAAAUAUAUUUGAAUUAAUGUCCUAAACGUGACAAAUAGUGGACUAAUGGAUUGAAGUAACAACCGUUUGGCAGAUAAAAACCUUCAGUCAGGAGCUCAGUAGUAAGAGUUUGUUAUCUGAAGAGGUUAUUUCAGAAUAAGAGUCUGUAAAAAUCAUCAUAACAGUUAAAGUCAUCCUGUGAAACAGUGUAGCCAUGAUGUAUUGCUGUAGGUAUUUCCAGUCAUAUCAGGGAGUUGUAAGGGAAUGCUCUUGUGAGCUGCACCCAGCGCCUGCCUAGCGCCGGCCAGGGGGCUGCCAUUGUAAAAUACUAGGAAGGGCUUGGUCCUAAGCAAAAUAUCCCGCAGUAUGCCAGAGAAAAAACCCAGACGCUUGCAGCUGGCAGAUAAAAUCAGAGUUUGAGAGCAGAGAUAAAGGACCAGUAGGCGUUCUUGGUUGGGGUGGCUAUAUAGGCAUGAUGUCUUGACACAACAUGCCAGUAGUCCUCAUAAUAGAUGGGUGUUCUCACUCUUGCUCUGUUCUGGGUCAUGUUGUGUUUUGCAUUUUUCUCACUGUGUGUGUUUGUGCGUGUAUACUGUUUCAGUUUUUUGCCCCUCUUCAUACGAUUUCACAACUUACACUUUUAAAGGCGUGUCUGGAUCACUGUCUGACUCUUUGGCCCAUUCACACUAAUGAGUCAGUCAUUACAGAGGAAGAGGGGUGGGAGAAAAAAUCGAUACAGCAUAGUAUCGUGAUAUUUUGUCUGGUGAUAUAUUAUAUCAUCUCAUUUACCGAGUGUUUUUUUCAAAUUUAUUGCUAAUAUGAAGUCAAAUCUAUGAUAAUGGGAAAAUAAAAUCAACAGGUUGUCCAGUGAGAUUGGCAGAGGUAACAUCAUAGAGCAGGAGAAAGUUCGUACAACAAAUAUGUAAAAGGUUUGCAAGAUGUGCUACAUGAAAAUAAAACACUGUAUAUAAGACAAACAUAAAGGAAAGACAAAUGGUAAAAUAGCUGAACAGUUGAAAAAAAUAUAUAAAUUGCAAUUUAUUGUAUUGCAAUACUCAAUUAAAAUUGUUGAAUAUUGCAAUAAUAUCGUAUUGUUGCACAAGUAUCGUGAUAAUAUCGUAUCGUGGGGCCACUGGUGAUUCCUACCCCUAUUUCACAAGUGUAUGUUUCACUUGGUCAAAGACAUAUAGGGAACUGGCAACUACUUAGGGAUGGGAAUUGAUAAGAUUUUAUUGAUAUCGAUGCCAUUAUUGAUUCUGCUUAUCGAUGCAAUUCUUUAAUGAUUCCCUCAUCAAUGCCUUUCUUUGAUUUAAAAAUAGUAGACUAUAGGUUUUCACCAUGAACUUAAAAUGACAAAAGAAGUAUGCCACCUUCAGUAAGGGUCUAAAAAAAAAUCAAACAACAAACUAUUUGUACAGCAUUUACUUUGGUAGGUCAGUCAAAGUCAAAGUAGAGUGACCGUAUUCUGGAUCCCUAAAAAGAGGACACUACUACACAGCUUUAGAUAGUUUCUGCCUACUUUUCGUACGGCUCGCCAUGUUUUUUUCCUGAAAGUCUCUGUUCUCAUUCACGUAGACUGGCACUCCCAAAACCGUUUUUCAAGGCACCCGGAAGAAGGGAAAUCGUUAUGAUAAAAUGUAAACGAUGUCGAUGGAUUGAACCAUUUGAAACCGGUUCUCGAUUCCCAUACCUACAACUACUUUCUUGAAGAAUCUUAUAAUCUGAAAGUUCCAUGAAUGAUUGUAUGUAACAAGUUCCCCUUGAAAUCCAAGGAAACACCACCAUCAAUCAAAUACCAAAUCCACACACAUUGAUCUUGACAAGUCCUCUCAAAGCACUUCCUGAGCUCGAGCAAUGUCGCCUGUUGAAGCUCAGUUGUGCUCUUAGCCACAGAGCCAGAUUGUCUGCAGCCUAACUGGUCUUCCCAAGUGCCUGCUCAUCCUCUGACCCACAUGCCCCUCUUUGCCGAUGUCAGUGCAGAACUCCCACACACACACUCAUACAAAGUGACAGCUUGCUUUCCUAGGCAGCUGGCUGGUCCUCCAGAACAACCGAAAGGAGGAGAAUUGGACAAGCUCGAUAUUGGGUAGCGCACACAUCUGAUGACUCAGUUGAACUGAGUGCGUGCGUGUUUACACUCUUAAGAGAUAAUCUCAGGUGCUCUGAGGUUGAGCAGCUGUCUGAGAAGAGCCAUGCGUUCUUGCAGUUAGAAUAAGUCACAUGUGCUCCAGUAAACUAUUAACCUUUGCCGCCACUUUGUAUCCACAGAUGGUAAAACUGUGUCUUAUCUGAUUAUAGCUAUACAGAGAGUUGAGGUAUUCACACUUCACAGUUAAAUAUGUAUUAUCAGAGCGAAGUAAAACAUUUCAAUCCUCGCUGACCUGGUUCUUUAUUAAAAUCCUGUGUGCUGUUGAACAUUCCCUCAGUGCACGUGUUAGUCUUAAAAAUCCAUGAGCACUCUCUGGUAGAGAGCUAUGUUGUGCAUUUGUUACUGUUGGUGAUUACAAAAGGGUUGUGGGGAUCACAAUUCUGAUUUAACGACAUUCCCGCUCAUAAAUUCAGCUUAACAGUGCAUGCUUCACAGAAACCUCUUCAAACAGAUAGGUAAACACACACUCAAAUCUCCAUAGCAGCGAGUUCAACGCAUUUAAAAAGUAGAAUGCAUGAAUAUGAAUUUUAAGGGACCUGCUCAGACAAAGUGAGAGGAAACUGUUUCAUAGAGUCACUUACAUAAAAAAUUCAGACUGUGCAUUGGGAUGAGAAUAGUGUGUUUGUGUAGUGCACCUGAGAAGUACAUGGUGCAAGUUGUAUUGGCCUGACAACUGGGCCCAGCCGUACCAGAAGGCACCAAACUGUUUUAAAUUAUUUUAUUUAAUUUAAUUAUUUAUUUUAUAUAUAUAUAUUUUAAUCACCUGAAAUAAAACAGUGAAAAAUUUUAUAAUUUAUGUGUCUCACCCUGGUUGAAACAGUAUUUAUUACCAGGAGUUAUCUAGGGACCCCACCUGACGUCUCUGAUUGUAGUUUUUCUUUUGUUUCUACAUUGAUGAGAUGAAUGUUUCACCACACUGGACACCUUAACAUUUGGUCUCUUGGUGUUUUCAGUGACUAAGGCAGCGGCUCGGCAAACUGUUCUGCAGCAUGGAGAAGGAAGACCUGAAGGUCCUCAACAAAGGGGAAGAGGAGGAGAUGGUAAUUGAUUUCGUGUACACUGUUUCUCUCUACACUCAGAGUUUGUGAUGUCUGACAUUUCAGAGAGUACAACUUGUUUUUAUUUCGAACCCUUCAGGAGCUGCAGGGCUACCGUCUGUGUCGGUGGCGGCUUGCUCUGGUAGGCCUCGGGGUGCUGUGUACAGGGGGCUUCCUCCUGCUGCUGCUCUACUGGAUGCCGGAGUGGUGUGUCAAAUCCACCUGCACCCGUACCACAGCCCGCGAUGCUGAAGUGGUUUUGCUGCGCUCCACGGUAGGCUGCAAGAAGUAGUGAAAUAAUUAAACAAGUCCAUUAUCAAAUGAACAUAAAUUAAAUAUGUCUAAACCUCUCCAGUUUCAGUUUUUCAAGUGUGAGAAUUUGCUACUGAUGUCUAAAAUGUGAUUCCUUGUGAAAUACUCAAAGCUGAUGCAGAAAGAAAGUUUUCAUCCACUUGUAAUUGUAAAAGGUACUAAAAAGUAAUUUAUGGGAUAAAGUGAGUUUGUAAUUGCAUCUCAAUCUAAAGACAUGCACCAAAUCAAUUAAAAUUCUUAUCCUUGGAAUCUUAUAAUAAUUCAACAAGACUUCUCUCUUCAGUACUGUACUUUUUCGUCAAAGAUUGUGCAAAAGAAAUCUGAGCGUAGGUUAUUUGAGGUCAGUUUCGGGCGUUAUGCACUGAAAUUAGUUAAAAAAAAAUUAGUGAAAUAAAUCAUGAAAAAUAAUGAAAAUGGAUGAAAUCCAAUUAUGCUGUUUCCAUUUCACACAGAUCCAUCAUUUAGUGUUUUUAUGCAAAGGAUCAUCUAGUUCCUUCUUUAACCCUCUUGGCCCUGGGAGAGUACAAAUGCUGUAAGGCAUGCCUUAUAUAUGAUGUACUGUACCCAGAGGAGCUAAAAGCUCAUGUGCUUUUAAAGCUGUGAAUGGAAGUAAUUUAUGUCUUUAGUACAAUGUUCCCUUCAAAAGUUAUGAGAUAUUUGUAUCAUCAGGAAAACUAGGGUUAGAAAACAGUUGAACAUAAUGCCCUCCAAAACUGCUGUUUGAUGAACAUAGCAAAGUAAACCUUUUUCACACACCCAACAAUUCACAUUCCAGUGUAAUAAGUUAGAAUUGUCGAAAACUAAGGGCGGUGAUUUGCAGUCACUUACCUUUGCCUAUCCCGUCUGUUAAGAGCUGGAGGAAAGAAAGUUCACAGCAAAAGCAGAUACAUGUUACAAAAACAGCCUGUAUUGAGGCUACAAAUUUAUCAAAGCUUAUUAAUGGGCGCCAGAAAAACAGACACUACCAUUCAUGAAGCACUGCGAGUGGAUUAGGACAAACUGCAGCUACCCUGGUGUCUGAAGAUUAUGAGAAGGAAAUUAUAUGUCUUAAUCAAAGGGCAAAUAAUGAUUCAGAUAGUGUCUAUUUUAUCUGCAGAGUAAAGCCCAAAAAACCCUACAUCGUUACAAAGUAAAUCCAUUGGGGCUAAUGAUCUUUCACUGUUGGUCUCAUGCUUUUGUGCAUGUCUUUGCUUUCAUCCAUGACUAUCUGUGUAAUUGAUGUCAGAUUAUGGCUUUUGAUUUGUUAAAGCCCUCAAGAGGGUUGUAGCUUAGAAGAAAACAGACUUCAGUGGUAAAUGUUUUGUAACUACUGACCUCUUAAAGAUGGUCAUCCAGUAUGAUGUUUGAUGUAAGGUUAAGGUUUGAGAUGAGGCGACAUAAAGGCAGGGUGUCCAUGUAGAUUCUCAUUCAUCCAGGUCAUGGUUAUCUUGAAGACUUAAAAACAGGCAACUGGACUGUGUAGAGUUAAGAAGACGUUUCGCCUCUUAUCCAAGAAGCUUCUUCAGUUCUAAAAGUGCUAGUGUCAGGAGCAGAUAUUUAUCUUACUGGAGAAGGGGGACAGUUAACGACUGGGAGGAGUUGAAAAGAAUGGGUCGUAGAAACCCAUCUCUCGGUGUGUCCCCCCCAAGUCGUUAUCCUGAAAGGGUCGUUAGCGACUCCUAUCAUGUGACCACAUGACUCAUGCCACCUGAGUCAUGUGGUUCCAGGUGUGAAUGUUUGUGGAGCUUUCUGGGGAGAGAGCUGAGAACUGCAUUGUAAGUGCCAGAGAGAUUGUGCCUGAGUCCACCCCCUCUGUUCAGAGAAGGUUUCUCCAGCCUGGUAAAGAUGGCUUCUUUAACUCCUCUUUCAAACCAUCUGUCUUCUCGAGCCAACACCUGUACAUCGCUGUCCUCAAAAGAGUGACCUGUAUCCUUCAAGUGAAGGUGGACAGCUGAGUCCUGACCUGAGGAAGUGGCUCUCCUGUGUUGAGCCAUGCGCUUGUGAAGCGGUUGUUUAGUUUCCCCAAUGUACAGGUCUGAGCAUUCCUCGCUGCACUGGACAGCAUAUACCACAUUACUCUGUUUAUGUCUCGGUGUUUUGUCCUUGGGAUGGACUAGCCUCUGCCUUAGUGUGUUACCAGGCUUGAAAUGAACAGGAAUGUGGUGUUUGCCAAAGAUCCUCUUGAGUUUCUCAGACAGGCCUGCAACGUAAGGGAUUACAGUGCUCUUGCGUCUCUCCUCCCUUUCCUGUUCAGUGUUAUUUCUCUUUCUGUUCUUCACAAAGGCCCACUUAGGGUAUCCACAGGUUGUCAGGGCAUUUUUGACGUGCUUUUGUUCCUUUUCCUUACCUUCUUUCUUCGUGGGAAUGUUCUCGGCCCGGUGGUUGAGUGUUCUGAUGACACCCAGUUUGUGCUGCAGAGGAUGGUGGGAAUCAAAAAGUAGAUAUUGAUCCGUGUGUGUUGGUUUCCUGUACACUUCAACGUUGAGCCACCCAUCUGCCUCCAAGUGUACAGCACAGUCCAAAAAGGCCAACACUUUGUCCUUGACAUCUUCACGGGUGAACUUGAUGUUGCUGUCCACUGUGUUGAUAUGGUCAGUGAAGGCCUCUACUUCAUGUGUUUUGAUCUUAAGCCAGGUGUCAUCCACAUAUCUGAACCAGUGGCUAGGAGCAGCUCCCUUGAAAGAGGUUAGGGCCUUCCUCUCUACCUCUUCCAUGUACAGGUUUGCCACUAUAGGAGAAACCAGGGAGCCCAUCGCGCAUCCGUGUUUCUGUCUGUAAUGGCGCUCUCUGAACUGGAAGUAGGUGGUGCUGAGGCAGAUGUCCAAUAAGGAGCAGAUGUGGUCCGGAGUUAAGUUGGUUCUGACUUCCAGUGUGCUGUCCUGUGAGAGGCGUUGUGGCGCUGACACUAGCACUUUUAGAACUGAAGAAGCUUCUUGGAUAAGAGGCGAAACGUCUUCUUAACUCUUCACAGUCCAGUUGCCUGUUUUUAAGUCUUCAAGAUAAAGGCAGGGUCUGAAUAACUCCUGCUCAGCACCAAAACACAGCUCUGGUUUUCAAAGUGGAUGAAAGUGCAGUAUGCUGUUGACCUCUGACCAUUGUAUGUUUUAAGACUGGAGCAUGUUUGUUUAUUAUAAAGAUCCUCCGUGCUCUAGUACAAACGUUUGUUUACUGUGUAGGACGAGUUCCGGCGCUGGUUCCUGGCCAGGGUUCGAGUAAUGCUGGCCCCAGGGAGCAACCCCUUCCACAGCCUGGACACCCAGACCACCUCCCCCUCCCCUCCCUCCUCCCUUUCCUCCCCUUCCUCUCCUUCCCACCCCUUCUCCUCCUCAGCCUCCCCUCCUCUGGCCAAUGGACACACCCCCCACUCCUCCGAUGGCAGCCCCGCUCAGGAGCUCAUCAAUAGAUUUGCAGAAUACCAGCCCGUACAGGUAGGCACCCAUUUGACCCUGUUUACUGUACCAGUCCUUGCAAGAUUUAUAAAAUUUAUAUUCUAACCUUGUUUGAUAUGAUGCAUGUAAGUUUAGUUUUCUCUUUCCUAUUCUCAAAUUUAUGGACACUAAUAGUACAGUUAAAAUGUUCAUGAAAGUUUCAGGUCACUCAGUUUCUUUCCCUGUUUUUUUUUUUCCGUCAGAUUCGCUAUUUUACCUUCCAUAGCACAAAGUAUUACUGGAACGACGAGGUGCAGAACUUCGAAGUUUUAGCGUAAGUAGUGUCCAGUUAUUCAUAGAAAUCAUGAAACAGUUAUGCACUCUUAUCGGAGGAAAGAUGAGUUACUGUGUUUUAUCCAGCACUACAUGUGCAGUAAAACCCUGUUGCAGAUGUAGAUUAGUUUAUAGAACAAACUGACCUCUGUAAACACUGAUGCAGGCUAAUGACAGGUGUAAUUUAAAGUUUUGUCUUUGUCUGCUGCUUUAUUUCCCCAACAGCGGCCUGGAGGAUCUACAGGUCAGUUGCUCCACCCUCCACUCGGAGCACAGUGCAGGCCUGUCCAGGAACCAGCAGGAGUACAGGUAACAGCUGGCCUCUCUUGAGUGUAGUUGCUCAACUUAAUGCAGCUUGAACAAAGAGGCGAUUUUGGGCUUGUUGACGGGUUUCUUCGGUUGUGAGUUUCAGCAACUAUAGUUUGUCUGUUGUGUUCAUCAAUUCGGAUUUUUUCUCGCUAGAUAUCAACUAGGAGUUCAUUUAAAGGGGAAAUCAAUUUUAAGACUGUUAAAGCUGGUAUUAAUUAAAUCUUCUUUAAGGGAUUAAUCAAUGAAAUUGUCUGUGUUAAUUUUGUCUUUUUUGUAUUUCAGGAGACUGUUCUUCGGAGUGAAUGAAAUUGCAGUGAAAGUGCCUUCUGUUUUCAAGCUGCUUAUCAAAGAGGUAGGAUGUAGUUUAUAAAUAGAUUUAGUUUUUUUUAAUCUUUACACACAACAUGAAUUUAUACACAACAAGCAGCCAUGUUGACUGUUAUUCUUUCCUGGCAUAUUGAGACUUAAUGCAUUAUUGUUGGAGGUGCAAUUUCAUACAUACACUGAGUAUAUUUCACAAGGGAAGUGCUGUUGAAAAGUGAAUAUUGUGCUAAGUCCUCCUUGUUGACUUAUCACAGCCUGCAUUUGAAAAACUUGAUUAGCAUGUGCUGUCUCAUUAUGUUCAUGUAAACAUGUACCCAGCGCAACAAAAGCACUUCUUACACAAAAUUCAUGACUUAACAUCUCGUAAACAUAUCUGAAUGCACCUCAGUGUCCUGGACAGUGUCUUCAUUAUGUUCCUCCUGUGUAUAAACUUCUUGUUCUCACAUCUGCAUUUACCAAACUACUGUCUCUCUCACUGUCUCCUCCUGCAGGUCCUCAACCCUUUCUACAUCUUCCAGCUCUUCAGUGUGAUCCUGUGGAGUGCCGAUGAGUAUUACUACUAUGCUGUGGCCAUUGUUUUCAUGUCGGUCAUAUCCAUAGCUACCUCUCUGUACACCAUCAAAAAGGUAAGCUCCAAAACUAUCCAGAUUCAUCUGUUAGUUCUCAUGGUUAUGGGAAGACCUAAAUUCAAAGAUGAAAAGUUGAUUAUAACAGAACUACGAAAGAGGAUUAGGGCCACAUGAAGAGAAAAAAAAAAUUUACAGGAAGGACAUUAAAGUCAAAAUUUCGAGAUUAAAAAUUGAAAUUUCAAGAUUUAAAUCGAAAUUUUGAGAUUACGAAAAUUUCGACAAAAAAAACCCUAAAUUUUGAGAUUAAAGGCGAAAUCUCGAGAUUAAAGUGGACAUGAAUAAAUUGGAAAUUUCGACUUCUUAAAUUUUGACUUUAAUCUUGAAAUUUCGAUUUGAAUCUCGAAAUGGAAAUUUAAAAAAAAAUCCCUCCUGUAAUUAUUUUUUCUCCUCUUGUGGCCCUAAUCCUUUUUCGUAGAUAACUGAGAUGCAAGCAUGCUGUCCCAUUUUUUUUUUCCUUUUUAACCCUGCAGACUUACCAAACUUUAGAUAAAUCAUUAUGUUUAAUUGCUUCCUUUUAUCUGAAAUUAGCUUAAAAAUUAGUUCCCUGAUACAUGAAAGUUGCUGUUACUUUAAAUUACAAUACAUGCUACUCUCAAACCUUAGAAAACAUUAUAGUCAUUGGUACAGCCUGUGAGUUUGGCAAGAUCUCAGACAUAUCCAGAAUGCUUACUGCCUCCACUCUUGUCUCACCCAAGAAUCUCGGUAUAACUUAAAGGGUCUUCUGCACUUUCUGCUUCCUUAUUCAAAAGGUUUUAUUUGUGUUGUUUUGUUUUUCAGCAAUACGUCAUGCUUCACGAUAUGGUGGCAGCUCACAGUAUCGUCCGGGUAUCUGUAUGCCGAGCCAAUAAGGGUUGGUCAUUGUCUUUAUCAUUUUUGCUUCUCUUUUUCUCUGAUGGUAUAUGUUAAGUCCUAAGUGUUACUCUUCUCAGUUUGGGGCUUCUCAACACAAAAGCUGACAGUCCAGUGCUGGCACAGACUCACUAAAACAGUCACUCUGCUCUGGCUGUCCUCCAGAUGGCAGCUGGGGUGGGACAAUGCAGACUUAAAGAGAAAAUGACCUUUGUGUGCUCUGAAAAUAUGCAUGUAUUUCACCUGCAAGCACUCAUGUAAUUGUUCCACACGUGCCUUUUUGUGUCUGCAUGCCUUUUGAUUAGGGUGAUGACUGUCUCUGCACAGAUGAUAUAAACACAUGGACCAAGUCAUUAGACACGUAGCAGCUGUAACAUGUUGAAAAUAAUCCCCUGCGUUGGCUAAAGAACAAAAUUAAUCUUCAGUUAGGACCAGUGCUGUUGAGGUUUGCACACCGCUUGUAUUUCUAUGCAUUCACCUACUGCACUGGCCCCUGCUUGUGAUGCCUCAGCUCUUUUUCCUGCUGCCCAGAGAGCCAUGAGUAAUGAGAGAUGUGCUGAACAAGACUCUGGGGCUCUGACACACAAAAUAUCUCCUUCCUCACCCCUUUGCCAUCUGCUACCGUUGGCUCAAUUUCACACUUUUCACCUCCCUCCACACGACUAAUUUUUAUUUUCUAUUUUGAAAUGUAUGCACCUUCCUUUCUGUCUGAACCUAAUGCACACACUGACCUUCUACACCUUUCAUUGUCACCUCCCCCCUCCCUGGCAGAUAUUGAAGAGAUCAUGUCCACUGAUCUGGUGCCUGGGGAUGUGAUGAUCAUCCCCAGCAACGGGACCAUCAUGCCAUGUGACGCCGUGCUGGUCAGCGGCACCUGUAUCGUCAAUGAAAGCAUGCUCACAGGUCAGCUACUUUAUAAGAAUGCACAUCGUCUGACUCAGUAGAGACACUGCAUGCUCAGCAGCUCGUCGAAGGAGAAUCCAAACGGAAAAACACUCCUUCUGGAAAUCUCAAAGCAGCUGGUCAUAAUAUCAUUCCACCCUCCGUUAGGUGAGAGCGUCCCUGUGACGAAGACCAACCUCCCGAAUCCAGGGCCAGGGGAGAGAGAGGAGGAGACUGACAGUGCCUACAACACAGAAGAGCAUAAGAGACACACACUCUUCUGUGGCACCAAUGUCAUCCAGACCCGUUUCUACACUGGAGAGCUGGUCAAGGCUGUGGUGGUCCGCACAGGUACCUUUGUAUCUAAACAUAGGCAUUUAACAGGGUCACAUUUCUUUGAUAAGUGGGGUUAGUUUGUGAGAACUGUCUGUGCUGAGAUCAUAUCAACACCUGGCUGACCUGGGAAGAUCUUUCUACAUGAAGUGCUUUUUCACUUGAGCAGAUCUAUUUGAUAACAAGGCUUACAUUCUGUGUCUAGUCUAACCUGAAGGACUUCUGUGACAGUUUCAUCCUCUUCUGUUGUAGUUUAGAGACCUGAGCCUCUGUCUGAAAAGGGGAAAAAUCAAAUCUUCACAGCUGUUGCUCAUAACAACUUUCUCAUCCAGGUUUUAGCACAGCUAAAGGCCAGCUGGUGCGCUCCAUCCUUUAUCCAAAACCCACCGACUUCAAGUUGUACCGUGAUGCCUACCUCUUUCUGUUGUGUCUGGUGGCUGUGGCUGGAAUCGGCUUUGUCUACUCCAUUGUCCUCAGCAUCAUAAACAAGGUAACAGAUGCAGAGACGAGCAAAUUGAAUGAUGAAAAUGUCUCGAUUUUUAGUAACAUGGGUUCAGAAUUAAAGUGGCUUUAAAGAUGAAAAACAUGCAGCUUAGAGAAAGUUACUCAAUGGAUCUGCCUCUCUGUUGAUUUGCAAUCAUUAAACAUAAACAGUAUAAUCUAAAAGUUGCUUAGCUGAGGUGAAGCAUAGAGAUACAUUUUGCACAUCUUGUCCCUCCACAUUUAAAGACCUGAAGCUUUUAAUUCCAUCCCAAUUUUUGCCCGCUAGAGAGCAAAACCACUUCAAAACAAACUGACGAAGGCUUAAGCCAUUAUCUCCCAUGGUGAGGAAUUGUUGAAAAAGCUGUUCCAUCAACACACAACAUGGAAUUAGAUGUCCAAAUCCGCCAGUGCUGCAGAAAAUGAACUGUUCGAGCCUUCUCUGUAAAGCUUGUUAUGAUUAAAGGAUUGUUGUAGGAUUAGCACCAGACCUAGAGGAUCAGCCAUCUCAGGUGCUACAGUUGUUUUUAACAAGAAUAAGAGCAAAAAAACAUGCCCCAGAGAAACCUUCCUGUGUCACAUUGUUCAAUUACAAACAGUCCCAAAUAUGCGACUUCACGUUUUUGCUCCAGGUGCCGGCUAAAACCAUCAUCAUUGAGUCCCUGGACAUUAUCACCAUCACUGUGCCGCCGGCGCUGCCCGCCGCAAUGACAGCUGGCAUUGUGUACGCUCAGCGACGCCUCAAAGACAUCGGCAUCUUCUGUAUCAGCCCUCAGAGGAUCAAUAUCUGUGGACAGAUCAAUUUGGUCUGCUUUGACAAGGUGAGGACUAGUCGCUGAAUAACUGCUCAACCUGACUUCUCCAAGAAUUGAUUGUGUUUACUGGAACCUAAUAGGGAAGUUUACACUUAAUCUAUUCUGAAUUCUCUGUACCUGCCUUAGUUCUUUAGCUCUAAAGAUGACUUGUUUCAUAUAUUAACUCAUCUUAAUUCUACUUCUGUCCGUUUACAGACAGGAACUCUGACUGAGGAUGGUUUAGAUCUGUGGGGAGUCCAGAGGGUUGAGAGUGGGAGGUAGGCUUGUCUGCACUUAUAUUGUCAAAACAUUUAAUCUCGCAAUUUAUUAUCUCCUUAGGAUUCUUAAGUUAUCCUAGAUGAUGAUCAUAGAUGUCCUUGAUGCUUUUUUCUCAUGGUCUCAUCCAUCAUUACAAAUUCCUGCAAAAACAAUAUAUUUUUCAGAAUGUUUAAAGUAAAAUUAAUUUUAAGAUAAUUAAUUUUGAGGUGAAAAUAUCUGUACAUUGUCUUCUGUGAGAGAUACACAUAUUCAGUCGAUGUAAAACACUGCAGCUAUAUCAUCUAUUAUAUUUCAUAGAGGGUACUUGAGGCAUUUUGAUUCAUUUCAUGGUCCACAUUUUUUCACUACAGACUAGAAGUUAUCAGAUGUAAUUUUUUGCCUUUUUUUUCCUCUUUAAAUGUCUGAGUAAACCACGUCUUUCCUCGUCCACCUGCUGCGUCUCCUGCCUCACCAGGUUCCACUUGUCAGAGGAAAGCGCCUGCAAGGAAAAUCUCGUCAAGUCCCAGUUUGUGGCCUGUAUGGCCACCUGCCACUCUCUCACUAAAAUAGAUGGCCAGCUGUCUGGAGACCCACUGGACCUAAAAAUGUUUGAGGCCACAGGCUGGGUGAGCUGUUAUGUAUCAGUGCAAAAGCAUUUGAUUAGUCAGGACAGUACAGUGGGGGUGUGGUUAAACGGGCCACCCUUACUUGUGAUUGGGUUGGCUUUAAAUUCCAUUUGCUAUUUUUGGCCAACAGAAUGUUACAGAAAGAAAACGGAAAUGUGAAAAAUGCGAUAUCAUUCUUCAUCUCUUGCUGUUUUUGGAAUAUUUUUAUCUGAUCUGUAUUUUUCUUUAAACCUUCUCUUCCUAGAUCCUGGAGGAGGCCACUGAGGAGGAAACGGCCCUUCACAACCGUAUUAUGCCCACUGUAGUUCGACCCCCAAAACAGCUGUUGCCCCCUGAGCCCACCACAUCACCAGACCAAGACAUGGUAAGGACGAAGACCAACAGUUUAACCCCAGGUCCUUGAUGUCUGGGAAAUAUUUGAAAUAAAACAGAUCAUAUUAUCAUUACAAAUGUAAACAUUAAAACAUAUCAAAUGAACAUUAAAUACUUCAUUAUCUAGCAGGCACCAACAUGUUAUUUUGAUGAAGUAACACGGACACGACUAUCACAGUAUGACAAAAGUAACAAUAUAACAAUACUGAACUAAUGUGUUUUUUUUAACUCACUCUUCCUUCUUUUCUCUUUUCUUCCUUUAGGAGUUAUAUGAAAUCUCAGUAAGUAAUCUAAUUCCUUUUUUUAUAAUCCUAUCGAGUCCUAUUGAAAAACAUUUAGUUUUAUCAGUAAAGUUGCUUGGAAUAUCUAAAUCAAGUUUUAAAGGUCAGAAUUUUUAGAGAAAAAAAUCAUUACAUUGAUUCAUUAAAUAAUUUUCCUUGAAAUCACAGUACUUCUAUUAAAUACGUUUUUCUGUUUUUUUUUUGUGUGUGUGUCUGUUUUGGUGUGCGUGCAGUCAGUGUACGAGAUAGGUAUCGUGCGCCAAUUUCCUUUCUCUUCAGCACUCCAGAGGAUGAGCGUAGUGGCUCGUCUGCUGGGAGAGAAGCGCAUGGAUGCGUACGUGAAGGGAGCACCAGAGGUGGUGGCUAGUCUCUGCAGGAAAGAGACAGGUGAGGUGUGGAUUUAUUUUACGAACCCACAGAGGUUACAUGUGCCUUCUCUCCUUCCUGACCAUCCAUCUCUAACCUUACUGUAUUUCUCUGUGUCUUUGCAGUGCCAGAAGACUUUGCAGAGGUUUUGGAGGGUUACACCAAGCAAGGUUUCCGUGUCAUAGCUCUGGCUCAUCGUCGACUUGAAUCAAAACUCACUUGGCAUAAAGUCCAAAACGUCAACAGGUAACAGACGUUAUAUUGUUGAAAAUGUUUUCAUUCAUCUGAAAUUUAAACCAAAUAGAGGAAAUCAAACUGUAGUUUUCAAAUCAAGCUGCUUUCUAACAUCAACUAUGAGAAAAAUAAAUAUCACAAAAUCAAGUGGAAAUGUUUGUCCUUCGACUUACUUCAUUCUGAAAGGUCAAAACACACUCACUUAAGAAGACCAAUGUACUUGAGAACUUCUUUGGUUUUGGUGUUACGUUCUGGGGGCAUUAUUAUAACAUGUGUUUGUUUUUCUUUGAACAAGGGAUCACAUUGAGUCAAACAUGGAGUUCCUGGGUCUGAUCAUCAUGCAGAACAAGCUCAAGGCAGAAACACCAGGAGUUCUGCAAGACCUCCACAGAGCACACAUUCGCACAGUCAUGGUUACUGGUUAGUACACGGAUCGUAAAAGAUUAUUGUAUGAAUAUAGUGUCUAAAAAGUACGCACAAACAUUGUGUGAUUGCAAAUAACCCUGUAGUAUAUGAGUGUGGUAAUCUCUGUCAUGGAUUUAAUCCUGAUGUAUUUACUCAGCUGUACCUGUAAUCUCAACUAAUACCUAUUCCUAGGUUACUCAGUGUCACUGACUUAACUAACCCAAACAUGUACGAGAGGAUUUUAUUCACUUUUCACCAUAAAACCAGCAUCUUGGAGACUGCUAAACCAUCGUAAACACAAGACACUCAGAAAGCUUCUCACAUAGAAGCCAAAAAAAGAGCAACUCAUGAUAGAUUUUUGAUUUUUAUGGUUGUGUUACGGUAACAUUUCAGAACUAGCCCUUCGCAACUGUCUCAAUGUGUCUCCAUUCCUGUUGCCAAAUACUGAUCCACCAUCACUCACGCAGUCUGCCUCACUGACGUCAAUACAAAAUCUGGUUUUGAGGAGUGGACUCCAGUUUUCACUGUGUGUAUUUGCAGUAAUGUCAAACGAGAAUAUAAGAAGACAGGCAUUGAUUUAGCCUUUAGAAAAAGAGAUAUUUGGAUAUUAGGAAAACAUUGAAAAGUCCGAGGGCAUAAAGUUAGAAUCAGUUCACCUUCUUUCAUUAGUGAUUGUUAAGAUCACCAAAUGCAGCACGCUACCCUUGAAAUGCCCCCAGAGGCUGGACAUUGGGCUGUUUUUUCAAACAAAAUGGAAAAUAAGAAACCUAUCAUGUCAACUUUCCAGGUGACAACAUGCUGACAGCCAUCUCUGUGGCCCGGGACUGUGGGAUGAUCCCUCCUCAGGACACAGUGAUCAUCGCUGACGCUCUCCCUCCACAUAACGGACAAGCUGCAAAGAUCACUUGGAGAUACGCUGAUAAGCCGACCAAGAUAUCCCGCCUGGAGGUGAGGGAGCGUCACAAAUGGAAAUGAAUGACUUGUUCAAAGCCAGUAGAGAGGCUGGAACAAACACAAAUGCAGUCAGAGGCUGCAAUGAAAGCAUAUUCAAAAUCGUUGUCAUGUUUUGUCUCCAAUCCUCACUGUCAUUUUUGUAAACAGGAAGUGACCAUCAGUCUGGAGGAUAACUACCACGUAGUUGAGCAAAAAACACAAGAGCUGUACCACUUCGCCAUGAAUGGAAAAUCAUUUGCUGUCAUCGAGGAGCAUUUCCCCGACAUGCUUCAAAAGGUGCAGGGAUCUUAAAUAAGACAGGGCGUGGCUUUUGUAUUUUCUGUGACUGAAGCAGACCUCCUCAAAACUAUCUGUUUCUCUAACAACAUAUUCUGCUUUUUAGCUGGUGCUUCAUGGGACAGUGUUUGCCAGAAUGGCCCCUGACCAGAAAACUCAACUCAUUGAGGCGCUUCAGGGUGUAGAGUAAGUAACUGUUGAAUGUGGAUGUGAAAGUGUAUUAAUAAUUUAUGCUUCCUGUAUCUGAGAGAUUCUCUUUAAAUGCAGCAGCAGAGUGAGAAGUCAGAUUUGUCUGAAUGUUAUUUUAAGGAGAGAAGUUGUAAAAUUGAGCACAGAGUAAUUCAUCUUUACUAUUUGCCAACAGCUACUUUGUGGGGAUGUGUGGAGAUGGAGCAAAUGACUGUGGGGUAUGUAUAGCCUCUUGUAAAGUCAUUCCUCAUGUGUGAUAUAAUACAUUUAUAAGGUAUAUGAACUUUAUAGCUUUUUGAUUCCCCUUUUUUUCCCCCCUAGGCUCUCAAGAGAGCUCAUGGUGGCAUCUCUCUGUCAGAGCUUGAAGCCUCUGUAGCUUCUCCCUUCACCUCCAGGACCCCCAACAUCUCCUGUGUACCCAGCCUCAUCAGGUCUUUUUUCACUUAUUUUUUUGCACUGUUCAAUUUGUGGAUUAAUAACCAAGAAAAUUAAUAUUGUGAUACUUAAAGCUGGGAUAAAGCAUCUCAUUUCAAAGGUGACACACUGUCUGCUUCCUUCAACAGGGAGGGGCGUGCUGCUCUCAUCACAUCCUUCUGUGUGUUCAAGUUCAUGGCCCUCUACAGCAUCAUCCAGUACAUCAGCGUCACUCUCCUCUACUCUGUAAGUGUGCUGCUUCUUCAGUCUCUAGUAGUUGUGGAAUCAUUUGAAAAUCAGCUCCACAGAAUUAACACGAGUUUCUGUUUCAUAGAUUCUCAGUAACCUCGGAGACUUCCAGUUUCUCUUCAUCGAUAUUGCCAUCAUCCUUCUCAUUGUCUUUACCAGUAAGUCCAAGAAAUCAAACUUAAGUUUUGAUUUCUACCACAGUAAAUUGUCACAUUUUUCUAACCUGUUUUCCCUCCCAAUGUCUCGUUCUUGCGCAUCUGUAUCCUGUCCCCUCCGUCUCCACUCCACUUCAGUGAGUUUAAAUCCAGCGUGGAAGGAACUUGUGUCACGUCGUCCCCCAUCAGGCCUCAUCUCAGGGCCUCUGCUGUUCUCCGUGUUGACCCAAAUCCUCAUCUGCUUGGGCUUCCAGACCAUUACAUUCCUCUGGGUCCGACACCAACCCUGGUACACAGUCUGGACACCACAUACAGAGUAAGUGCCUCACAAAGAUGGGUGCCUUCAGUGCUGCUGAACCUCAGCCAGUAACUUCACACAGGGUUCCUACGCUGGUAUGGAAAGUAUGGAAAUAAAUUUGAUCAAUUUCUAGAUCUUCAAAGUAUUGAAAAUGAAAAAUAAAGUAUGUAAAUGUAUUUAUAUUUCCAGACUAUGACCACAGUUCUAAAAUACUGUUUUCUAAAAUAGAAAAGUAGGUAUUUCCAAAAAUAAUUCUAAAAAGUAGAGUAUGGAAAAGUGUGGAAAUUCCAACUGUGUAGGAACUUUGUUCACAGCUUUAUCAUUAUCCACUAUUUUUCCUUUAAGUAGAUGAGUUACAAUGGCAACAUAUUAACUGACUACAAAAUGAAGGCUGGACAUGAUUUACAGCCAGGGAAUAAAUACUCUGUACCUUUUACAAUAUUCAGUGACUUGAUAAUCAUGUGGUUUUGAGCUCUUUUUUCCUGUAGUUAGUUAUGCACAAGUUCCACAAGGUGGCAGUAGUUACAGAUCAAGUGCUGCAUGUAGUCCACAGCAACUGAAUGGUCCUCAACAAGUUCCUGCAUGUCUCACAGGAAACCGUGCUCCUAAUAAAAAUGAAGAGGGCUUUUUAAUUUGAAACAGAGACAGAAAGCAUAGAGUUAACAAGGUUCAACAUAGAAUCAGAUCAGAAUGACACAAGCUUUACACUGAAGAUGACUCUGUACAACAGGAAAGAAAAGCCUGACUCUAAUACAAGCCUGCCUCAACAAAAAAAAAACCUAGUGUUGUGCAUGACUUUGUUUGUGUCAUUUGCCUGUUUCUGAACUUUGCUCUCCUCAUUCAGCGUCUGCAACCACUCCUCACACAUCAAUGUGUCCGACCACAACGACACAGAAUUGGACGACCACAACAUCCAAAACUUUGAGAACACCAGCCUCUUCUAUGUUUCCUGCUUCCAGUAUCUCAUCGUUGCCAUUGUUUUUUCGAAGGGGAAACCUUUCAGGCAGCCGAGCUACAAGAACUGUAUGAAACUUUGAUUGUUAACCCUGAUAUAUCUGACUCUAGUUUGUAAGUUACCUCUCAGUUUGAUCAUUUUGUCUGUGUCUGUGUCUGUGUCUGCGCAGGGCCCUUUGUGUUGUCUGCCUUCAGUUUGUAUGUUUUCCUCCUCUUCAUCCUGUUCUUCCCGCUCAGAAGCAUUGAUGAGUUUCUAGAGGUAAGUCAAACACUGGAAUCGUACACCUUUACUUAGCUCUGAUGUAGACUGAUGCAUUUGUUGCUCUCUUUAAAGAAACAGAUAAAAUUUGAGUCUCGGUUUAAAACUACUGAUAAUCAAGGUUUGAGUCUCUUCCUCUCUUUGUGUCCAGAUUGUUUGUGUCCCAUUUGAAUGGAGGGUAAAACUGUUCCUCAUUGUCGUGGUCAAUGCUGUUGCGUCUAUUUUGAUGGAGGUAAGAAACACAUUUGAACUCAGAGAAAAAUGAGCUGUUCUUUUUUCUCAUGUCCAGUUUCUUUUUAUUUAUUUAUUUUUUUCAUGCAGUGUGCUCAUCUUUGUCUUAUGUAGCUGGACAGCAGGAUCUAACUUGUGCGUGAGAAGUCAAUAUGUUUGUGCCAGUCUGAAAAAAGACAAACUUCAGAAUAUUUAAUAGUUAACAGAUAGUGUUCGAAUACUACUUUGUGUAAUUUAUGCUUUUUGGUCUCUUGAAAUUCCUUAAAGCAGCAUUUGUUUAUCUUUAUUGAAUGAUUGGAUAGACAUAUGCUCUUAAAGUGAGUAAUUUAUUCUAUCAAGUGAAAUAGUUUAUGCUGGUCUGUCAACCUUAGUAAAGCAGGGUCACCAUGACUCUUUCUUCCUUGCAUCCAUACAUGAGAAGCUGCUAUAGCCUCAACUACCAGUCCAUAUUCUUUCACGUCUUUCAAAUAAUUGAAGAUCAACCAAAUGACUUUGCACAGAAUCAACAGUUUCUGUAUAUUUUUGUAAAACUUGACUCACUGCACUCUUGUAUUACUAAUAUGUCAAAUUGAAUUAUAACUUCACUUGUAACAACUAACAUCUUAAUGGAGGAAACAAAGUUCCUCGUCAUGAUUCUUUGACACGUUGUGGCUGUUCGAAAACAAUUCAAGACCUCUGUGCAAGAAAAACAAACACUGUGUGAAAAUCAAACUAGCCUCUUUGUAAUUCUUUCCCCUGCCCACUGCGCUAUUCCAUAGACCUUCAUCCUUGACAUCAUCUUAUGGAAGCUUGUGUUCAGCCGAGACAAACAGGGCAGCUUUGUCGACACUCCCGCUGCCCCGACACCACAGGUUGGGAAAAUACGACACCUUCCUCUUCAGCCCUUUCAUUUUCCUCUUGUGUGGUGUUCCCUCUCUCUGUCCCUACUUCUUCCUAUAAUGCCACAGAGCACAACUUGUUAUUGUAACCUUUAACCCAGACAUGCAUGUGCGAGACCUCAGUCUCAUCCUGAUCUGCCCGCUCCUACCCUCUGUCCUUCUUGGUGGACCUUCUGUUCAGGGCUUGAUAACAGUUGCAGUCAAAUAUCAAACCUUCUGAUCACCAGCUCCACUUUGAAAUAAGCUUUAAGAGCACAGGUACACCACUUUUAAAUUCAGAGCGCCACUGAUAAAAACACAUUUACUGUAAGAGAAGUUGAUUUAACGGCCAAUUGAAUGAGUGAUGCUCCCACUCUCGUCAAAACUCACCUCAACACCACCUUGCUAAGCAGUUUUUCUGAGUUGAUCAGGUGUCGAUGUGGCAAGACAAACUUCAACUUUUGUUUUUAAUCAGAACAAUCAGUUAAGGUGAGUUACGAUGAACAUUACUACACAACAGGAUGACUGAACAUAAUGUAAAUUUAUAUUAUAAUAUAAAUGAAUAUGAAGUUUUUAUUCAUUUCAUGUGUGUUUUAGUGGUGGCCAACUAUUUUUUACAAAGUGACAAGCUAUGCACAGAUAUGUCACAUACAGUUUUCGGAGAGUGAGCUAAACUCAUUUUGUUCUCACAUUAUUUGAACAUGUGGUGUUAUUGUACAGUAUACAGUUUGUUUCUGCUAUUGGAUUUCCUUUAUUGCACAAACCGUUCCCAAGCCUUGGAUAUCUCAUGUUAUGUCUAUUGCUUGCCGCCCCCUUUCCCUCUCUUUACUGUAUUUUCUGUUCAGGCCUACAGCAGUACCAAGCUUCCCUUCCCGUCUGCGCUUUUUUCUAGCUUUCCUCAAUUCGUUCUCUAGUCCAGUCAGGACUAUCUGAGGUUCCUGUUCAUACCAUAAAUCAAGGCAGACUUUUAUAAUAUGAAGCUAACGAGAAAGUUUGACUUUGUCAUCUGAAGAUCUGCUGUUGAAUCUUUUGUUUGCUUUCACCUUUGACUCCAUGAGCUUGUUUUGAAGGAGUGAACUCACUCUUCACUCUGUCUACAGACAAUCCCUCUCAGAUAUUAUCAUGCAGAUUUUAUUUUAACUACUUGCAUGCAUGCAUUGUUGUUUCAGUGUCCCCUUAAGUUAUAUAUUUUGCAUGUGACAGUUUCGCAUGUUAAUGUCUUUAUUUGCAUGCCAGCCAAAGUGUGAAGAAAAGCUGAACUUGUAGAACCUUCCUAUUCCUCCCUCUUUCUGUCUUUUGUAAUUGUAUCUUAUAUUUGUAUGUUUGUUGGGAUGCUGUGUUUUCAGAGGGGCAUUAACCUUGGAACAUACAAGUGUCUGUCCUGGCUGUGCUGUCCGCGCAAGAUGACACCCAAGGCUCGCUACAUGCAUCUGGCACAGGAGCUCAGUGUGGACCCCGACUGGCCACCAAAACCGACCACCACCACCGAAGCCAAGCCCCGGCCAGAGAACGGCUCCACCUAUCACAUCAUGAUCAACUCCUAGCCCCCCUGCAAAGUUCCUCCCAGUAGUUUAUUUACCCUAAACAUGUGUUCAGUGAACACACAUUCAACCUCUUGAGAUCAAAUUGUCACAAGAUAAUUGGUUGAGACUUGCUUCUAAUACUGUAGUUCCAGGGCCUUUAUUGAUAGAAUUAUACGCAGAAGUACCAAAAAAAAGCUGAGUUUCAGUCCUCUCAGUGCUCCAGCUCACCCACUCCUGUGCUCUCAGGUCUCUCUAUCUUUGUGUUAAUGUAAAAAAAAAAAGUCACAUCAAAUGAAACCCCUUUCCUUUACUGUCUGAUCAAUCAAAAAUCAUUGUGUUUAUGCCGUUGUAACAGUGAUGAGGUGGUCAAAACUGAGAAACUGUAGUACACACUAGAUGUCAAAUAUGAUGAAUUUAAAGAGAAGCUACAUAGAACACGGUGGGUUAAAACUACAGCGCUAUAAAGAGCGACCCACACCGACUGAAACAGCAGGUGAUUGAAGUAGCGAUUGGAAAAGUGAAAGAGUUUGUGGAGGAGAAACAAAAGAAAGGGGUUUCACAGAAAAACGGAGAUGCUCUGUAGUUUAAAGUAGAAGGACCAUAGGGUUGACGGUUGGUGAAUCGAUACAUAGAUACCCGUAGCUGGCUUGGAUUGCUACUAUGUAGUGGUCCUGUACUGCUAAUGUACAUACAAGUAGAACCCUUUUUUGUGAGCUGGCAUAAUCACAUUACAAGCACUCAUUAGAAAGCAUUGAAUCCUGAAAGCUUUAAAGCUAACAGUGCACUCUCUGAGGACCAGAAUUCAAACAUUCAUUCAUGUACGCUGUGCAAAGGAGAUAGGAAAUGUUGGAUAGGCUACUGUUGCCAUGUUCAUUUGCACACCCUAAGCAGAAUGCACACUACUGAAACAUCCCAGACCUGUGGAAGGAUCUUCUUUGCUUAUUUGCCAGACUUUAGCUCAAGGGUUUUCAUAAAGAGAUUAUUAAGUAGAACAUUUUUAAAAAGAAAUAAAAAAUAAAAGAUAUUUAGAAAAAGUCCAAUUUCAUCUCAGUUUUUACAGACAUGUUAGUGUAGCAAGCCCUUUAGUCUGUUGGUUUGAUCUGAAAAAGAAUUACUGUAAGGUGCAUUGCCAUAAAACUGAGUGCUGACAUUAAAUGGUCCAGCUUUUUCACAUGUUUCCACUUCAACAACUAUUCACAAACCGGAUACCUCUGAAAAUGUAUGACUGAAUCCUCAUCGAGCCAAGCUUUACUUUCAUACUAAUCCUUCAGUUGCAUGCAGAAUACCCAGCAUUGGCGCUUUGGCAAAGGUUAAGGGGAACAUUAGGUCUUCUCUCUGGCGCUCCCUGCAGGACAAGUUUACCUUCAAAAACAGCAAACUUGUCUUCUUGACGUGUUCAAUUGAGCCUUUAGUGUGGUUUAAAACUCAGAAUCCUGCAUAUUUGUAUCGAUGAGCCAUGUCCUGUCAUCAUAUUAUGACAUCCACCAGGGAACAGAAAGCGUAUGACUCGCAUGAACCCAGCUCCCCAACAUCUUCCUCUAAAGACUUGAUGGUUUCUCUCCUGCAAAUAUCACUACAAAUACCGCAUUACUGUAGAAUGAAGAAAUAUUUACAUCAACAUUUCUGUUUCUAAAAAAAAAAUCUGCAAAAGAAACCGCAUGCCUGGACACUGUGGAUAGUAAAUCUCAUGCAUGACGUCAUGUAACAUCCUACUUCUACAACAUCAUGUCAGAUUAGCUUCAGAAAGCCAGCAGUACUACUAAUAUGUCACUAUAAAAAAAUUCUUCCCAUGGAAGACUGUUAAAAAAAGUGGAAGUUUGUUAAGGCAAAGCAUUUAUGCAUCUCAUCAGCUUGCUGCUCUUGGCGCAUUAAAAAUAUCCAUGCAACAACACAAGCUGCAUAAGCUGGAUGGACCAUAUAUAACUGUUUUCAUGCAUUAGAUAUACAGACGCUACUUACAUAGAGCUAAGGGCUAUAUUUUAAGUUUAAUGCUCUUUCUAUUGCAUAUAAAGUGUUGCUUCCUAAAAUCUGUUAGUUAUCAAACACUCAUAAUCAUUCACUGCGAACUUUUAAGGUGGCUGCAAAAUUAAGCUUCUUCCUCUGAGAAUGGUUUGUGAAAAAUACCGAUCAGAUGGAGAAGCAGUUGGCACUACAUGAGUAAACUAAGAGGCUAUUUUCUCAUCUCUAAAAAUCAUGAUUUGAAAUCAGCUAAAGAGAAAACAACUAAUCUUUUUACAUCCACCGUGUGUUUGAUACUGAAAGAGGCAGAUUUGAGGUGGAGCAUAUCUUUAAAGCAAUGACUCCAACGCACAAAGCCAGUAUAACUUAAUCAUAGCAGCCUGCUUUUCAGGAAUUUUACGUCUCAAAUGUUAAUGGUUUCUAACUUUGCUUGUGUCCCAAAGUAAACCAUUUCAUAGACAUGUCACACUUCAUGUAAUGUUGCUCUUUUUCCUUCACAGAAAACUAAUUGUUUGGUAUAAACAUGGAAAAAUCACAGAUUACAUGACAAAUAAUCAUUUAUGAUACAUGACGUGACCUUUAGUUUUUCUAUUGAUUAUCACUGAUAUCAAAAGAAAUCCUACAAAAUUCCUUCUAUAUUAGUAAUAAAAUUCUAACCUCAGUAAUGAGAUAAAAGUUCACUCAGUUGUUAAAAGCCAUCAUCUGAGAUACUUGUAAUCAAAUUACAAAUCUAAACUGGUUUUAUGAUGAGCUCACAUGAUCUGUGACCAGAGCUCACAUAAAAAAGGUUUAUUUGAUCAGUUCAAGUGAUUUUUUUCUUAUUUUUGGUAAACUAUCAGUGUGUGAAGAAAGAUAAAGAUUUGAUGAAAAAUAGAACGUUUGGCUCAUUUGAGAUCCUUGUGCCAGUUUAUUGAAAGAUCCUGAUUCACUGUGAUAGAAUUACCUGAAUGACUUUUUUUUUUACCGUUAGAUAUCAACAAGUAUGCUGGUCUGACCAAACACAGGUCACAGAUUUUAAUUUUUUAUGUGCUUUAACAUUUGAAUUACCUGCUGAGGCUGAAAUUGAAUGUUGUGUAAAGAACAAAAUUAUUGAUUUAUUGCAAGGCAAUACAAUGGUUAUUGAAUCUAUUUCCAAAGAGUUUUGUUACAUCUAUUUGGGAAAAGGAGAAAAAAAACAAGGAAAGUUAAACUUUAGGCUGUUUAACUUUGUUGAACAUAGCUUGAUUCAGUCAAAAUUGACUUUUAAAGGUAACAGUAAUUGUAGAGAUUGGAUUCUAUCUGUAUAUAUGAGAUGUACAUUUCUAGUGUGUGCAUAAAAGUCAAAGAUUUAGCUAUAAUAUUGUACGGUUUUGGAUUAUCAAAGGGCUGGUGUGUGUUUUUCUACUAUUUUGGUACUGUGUUACAAUCUGUUUAAUGUCUACUUUUGUUUUGGUAAUGUCUGUCAGAUUUAUUUGUACUUUCACUGUUGUUAACUUGCAUUAUCUUGGAUUUUCCUUAUUUGGGUGACUUUGGGCAUUUAUUUCACAGUAGUGAUUGGGUAUUGUGAAAUAUAAUUUGGGCACUUGGAUCAGUGUUUGUUUUUGUCUCGGGUGCAGCACAUGUCUGCAGUAGAGUGAAGAAAGUGAAAUUCAAACAAUCCUGAAUGGAGAUUUUUUUUCCUUCAGAUUUAUCAAGUAGAUUUUCUGGUUGCCUCUCUUUGGUCUAAAUACUUUGACACAAUAAGGGAAUUUAACUCGUCUAGUUUUCUUGCUGGCAACUCUUGGCAAAUUCCCAAUUUUGGCACCAUUUGACAAUCUUGUUACUUUGUCUUCUUUUCUGUAAAUGUGCUUAUUUUCUUUUUUAAAAACCUUUCCAACCAUGAAAACUAUUUAAUGUAAUUGGCAAAAAGAAUGUGCAUUGCUGCUUGAUAUCAAGAGUCCGUUGUAAAGUGAUAAUAUUGCUGCUAUGAGCAAAAUAAGUCAGUCUCAGCUUUGUCAUAACUGUGCACCUUGAUACAGAAAAUUUAUCAAUUCAUUGACAUACAAAGUGUAAAUACAACUGCUUUUCUUCGACGCUACAGCUUUGCCUUUCAAUCUGACACUGAUAUGUCAAAGCAAUAGAUUUUAUGCUGAAACCUCCGUGCUUAUACAGGUACAACAUAAACCAACUGCUGACAGUUAUCAUAAGCCUCUUAUUCACCCCAUGUAUUUAAACAUACCAUCAAAUGGCAUUUAGAUUGAGUCGGCCACUGAGUAUUUGAAGCCUCAUGUGGAUGUUGUUUCCUCAGGGAAAUGUGUCUAUUUGUAAUGAAUAGAGAAAUAAUAAAAGUUGAUACCCAAACUGUAUAAAAAACAAGUGUACUGUUGGUAAGACGUCGUCACAGUCCAUCUUCAUGUCAGCUCUGUCAGUACAGUUAAAUCAGUAUGGUUUUUAUUCGUAGCUCCCACACCUCAGCAAGGGGCUCAUCUGGGGUAUAUGUAUUGUUUUAUUGGCAGAAAUGUACAUUUUAUGAAAAGUUUUGUACCUUAUAAUUUAUUUUUUAUUUAUUUUAUUUCUUCUUCCCUGAGGAUUGUAUUUCAAAUUUAUCUUGAUUCCUUUUCUUUUCAAUAAAUGUUCUCAAAACUGUCUGCUGCAUGAAUAUGCACAAUUAGUUUCCAUUAGGCGUGAAAAUGGCACAAUUAUCCUGCAGAAAGCUAUAAUAGAGCGUCAGGUUACAUGGAGGGAAAGUAUUUUCAAGUUUAAGCUGUGUUGUGGAGUAAUAGGCUGACUUAGUUUGUGUUCAUGUGUAUACACUUGUGCAGAAUAUGAUGGAUCCCGGGAGAAUGAGGGCUGCAUGACUAGACAGGUGGUGCCCUUUAAGUCAGACAUAAGAUAUCAACCACAUUAAACACCUACUGCAAAACUGAAUGGGUCUUACACUUAAGGAUCUAGAGAUGUGUGUUUACAGUUGUAAAUAGCACAAAUAGUCUCCAGCUAAGGCCCCCAAACAAGUCGCUGAUAUUAUUUGACUUAUAAAAGCCACUAACCUGAUCCAAACUGCACUUUGCCCGGGCUCCACCUAUUUAUUCAAGUAUUAUCAGUCAUAUUAUCAGUGUCUCUCAAUUAAAUGUGCAAAGUUAUUGGCAGCAUAUCAUCUUUACUUGUGACAUCUGGAGCACUUCUCACAGGUCUACAAAGUUAGAGUAUUAAGGAAACAGGAAAUGCUAUAACAGUUUUAGAAAGUAAUUGUCGCUGCACAUGUAUGUUGUAGCAAAUAAGUCUACCUAUGAAUUCAUUAUGUGCAGAGUGAAAACUUUUUCAUGACCAAUGGAUGACAAUAAAUUAUAAUUGUUCCAUUUGUCAGCACCAUUCAUUCUAAUCAUAAAGAAAUGGUUCAGCAGUUACCACAGGGACCUUAGUAGGUUAGUUUGAAAGAGAACUGCAGUUGUGAAGGAAAGUGGUGCAGAGCAAAAAGUUCACUUCUUUGUUCCUUUUUUUAUUUAACAUUUAUCUUUAUAUUUAUUGAACUAUAAAUAGGAAUACAAACAAAACAGAUGUGUUCAAUUAAUUACAAAUCAACAGAACAAAUAAAUGUUAUUAAAUGAAUAUUCCUCUUUAAGAUGCUCACUGACAGGUUCUGGUUUUCUAUUUAUUUAGAGGAGGUGAAGAGUUUGUCAGUUUUUUUCUAAAUCAUAUUCAAAGGAAGGUAGAAGGUGCCCUUUUUAAUUUAUACUUAUUAAUUUGGAAGUUACUAUAGUAUCAAUAAGCUCACAAUGAUUUUUUAGAGUUGAUAUGUUUGAAAUACAUAAUUACAAAAUUAUUGAUAUACUAUAUUAUUUGAUUAAGUUCUGCACAAAAGAUAUUUCAAUUUGAGUUAAAACUGACA